UCUCUAGGCUAUGGGUGAUGGGUAUUAAACAAUUAAAUAAUACUAAAAUCACAGAUUAAAUAAAACUUAAUAAAUUUUAUUUAAUCUGUGCUAAAAUUUAAAGAGUUUAGUGUAUUCUAUUAUAGAUAGUAAAAUAAUAGUGUGUGUAUUUAUCAAUUAUGUUUAAAAAAAAAGGACAAAUUUGAUUUAAUACCUAUUUACUUUUUUGUUUAUAUGUUAAAACUAUGAUUUUGUAAAUUUUAUUUGAGCUAUUAUAAUUUAUAAUAAGAUUUGGAACAACAUGAGCAAAAGGAAAGCCCCAAGUGAUUCCACAAAUCCAAAUCAUGAUUUUUGUGAAUUUUUAACUGAAUUGGCUGAUUAUGAGAAAAAUGUCACACGUAAUAUAUAUAAGUGCAAUGCUUAUCGGAAAGCUGCGAGCGCUUUAGCUAAGUACGGUAAACGUAUAAAGUCUGGUGAAGAAGCACAAAAACUUGAUGGCAUUGGUGAUAAAAUAUCCAAAAAAAUUGAUGAGUUUUUAGGAACCGGAAAAUUGAAAAAAUUGGAUAAUAUAAGAAAUGAUGAAGCUUCAGUGUCUAUAAAAGAAUUAACUAGAGUUAGUGGUAUUGGACCAGCUAAAGCAAAAGAAUUAUACGAUUUAGGUAUUACAAAUAUUGACAUUUUGUUAAAACAUCAAGAUAAAUUAAAUCAUCAUCAGAUUAUAGGACUAAAAUAUUUAAAUGACUUUGAGGAAAAAAUACCAAGAAGUGAAGUUAUUAAAGUAGAACAAAUCAUCAAAAAAACAUUACAUGAUUUGGAUCCUAAAUAUAAAGUUACUAUUUGUGGCAGUUUUAGACGAGGUAAAGAAUUUAGUGGAGAUAUUGAUACCUUAAUUUCUCAUCCAUCAUUUAUGUCUCAUGAUACUAAGAAAAAAAGUAACAAAUUACAAGUGGUUGUGGAUAUUCUGAAGAAAAAUAAUCUCAUUACUGAAACUAUAUCGUUAGGAGAUGCCAAAUUCAUGGGUGUAUGCAAAGUGGAUAGUGUAUCAAGAAGAUUAGACAUUCGCCUAAAUCCAUAUGAUCAGUUUUAUUGUGCUGUUCUUUAUUUUACUGGGAGUGAUUUAUUUAACAAGCAAAUGAGAGAUCAUGCUUUACAUCAAGGUUUUACACUCAAUGAAUAUACUUUGCGACCAAUGGGUUCUACAGGUAUACCAGGGGAACCAGUGGAGAUAAACAGUGAAGAAGAUAUUUUUGAUUAUUUAGAUUAUCCUUACAAAAAGCCUGAAGAACGCAAUAUAUAGUUUUAUAUAAUAAUAUUAUACCAUAGAUUUAAUAUACUAAUAUACUAAUAUAUUCAUUUAAUUUAUGAUAAUAAAGUGUAAUAAACUUUAUUAAA